AUGUGUCUGAUGAUGGCAUCACUCCUAGAGGUGGUGGAAAUGGCAAAGGAUGACUUGAUUAAGGAAGCAGAUGGGGUGCAAGAUGCUGCCAGAUUUGCUGACUGCACAUUGUUGGCUCACAACACACAGAUGUUGCGCCAAGUCCGGCUCAAGUGCCGCUGCCGCAUGUUGUUCAGUGACCUGAAGGUUUUUCUACUCCGGCGCCCUCCUCCGCCUCCUGUGAUGAAUUACGACCAAAUCUCACGGCCGAUCAACAACGGGGUCCCGUCCAACAACACACUGUCUCCGGCUGGCAAAGGGAGCAAGUCGCGGGCAGGCGGUGCCUUGUCAGGGGAGGCGUGCCCUCAGGAGCAGGAAUACAGUGGCUAUGAGCAGCCCAUGUCCUCACCCGAGGAAUCUUAUCGAAGGAAAUGCGAGGACAGAGUGUCUGUCAGCAGCAGCAUUGCCAGUGGUUGUAGAUCUCCUCUGUGCCGCAUAUGUUUCCAGGGAUCUGAGCAGGGGGAUUUGCUGAGCCCAUGUCGCUGUGCUGGAUCUGUUCGCUGUACACACCAACCUUGCCUGAUAAAGUGGAUCAGUGAGCGGGGAUCCUGGAGCUGUGAGCUGUGUUACUACAAAUACCACGUCAUUGCAAUCAGUGCAAAGAAUCCCCUGCAGUGGCAGGCAAUAUCCUUGACGGUGAUUGAGAGAGUUCAAAUUGCAGCUGCAAUCCUUGGCUCCUUGUUCCUCAUUGCAAGCAUUUCCUGGCUCAUCUGGUCAACAAUCAGCCCAUCAGCAAAGUGGCAGAGACAGGACUUGCUCUUCCAGAUCUGCUAUGGAAUGUAUGGAUUCAUGGACAUUGUCUGCAUCGGACUGAUUAUUCACGAGGGACCAUCUGUAUAUCGAAUCUUUAAGCGUUGGCAAGCAGUUAACCAGCAAUGGAAAGUACUGAACUAUGAAAAGUCCAAGGACAUGGAGGAUCAGAAGAGCGGCCCGAACCGUAAUAGGAACUCACGGGCCGAAAGGUCAUCUACAACACACAACAGUUCCAGAGGCAACCGGCCGUUGGGAACCAUGUCCAAUCAUCACUGUGCAUACACUAUUUUACACAUUCUCAGCCACCUAAGGUCUAAUGAACAGAGGCACCAAACAAGUGCAAGCAGAGAACUGGUGAUGAGGGUGACUACAGUCUGAUGAAAAGACCUGUUUUAAGGACAACUUGAUGAGGCAUCAUUAAACAUGGGACUGACAGCUGCAGGAAGAACAAAGAGGCCGGGAUUGAGAGACAGAUGGUAG